AUGCCGCUCGAGCAGACGAUAACCAUAGUCAACAACUCGGGCAAGAUCAUCAGCACGGGCAAGCAGCUGCUGUCCAUCUUCAAGGAGGCCAAGGGCGCAUACCAGGACAAGAAAGCGCAGCUGCGCAACGAGCGCUCGUCCAUCAAGCGCAGCCACACCUUUGACCCGACGCGCAGCGCGUACCGCGGCCACGGCGAGCGCGAGUACUACGAGGAGGAGGACUACGACGACGGCGACUACAACUACAAGUACGACGACGCGCGCGACUACGAGCACGGCCAUGGCCACGCCGUCGACUACUACGGCCGCCGGCGGUCGUACGACGUUCAGAGCGUGGCGAGCUCGCGGAGAAGCCACCGGUCGUCGCACUCAAGGCACAGCAGCAGCAGCAAGCACCAUGGCCACGGCCAUCACCACCACAGAAGCCGCCCGGCCCUGACCGAGAGCAACCUCAAGACGCUGAGUGAGGUGUCCAGCACGGCGCCCAGCAAGGCGCCGCCCAUGGCCUACCGCAGCCCGUACGCCGAGACCAUGCCCCUCGACAUGGCCAUGUCCAAGAUGGACCUGAACCACGCCGAGGUGCGCAACCGCAUCGCCGCGGCCGAGCGCAGGGAGCGCGAGUCCAUGAUGGUGCCGCGCCGCCGCUCCGAGCCCGAGAUGGCCAUGGUCCCCUCCAACAACAACAACAACAACAACAACAACAACAAAGACAUCGACAUGCACCUGGCGUACGGCAACAUCCCGCCGGACCUGGCCACGCGCGUGGACCUCGACCCGGCGCACCACGACGAGUGGAAUGCGCACCAGCUCGUCCACAAGGUCGAGGGCCUGCUCGACGAGGCGCACUGCCUGCAGCACUCGGCCACCGCCAUCAUCAAGCACCUCCAGGAGAAACCCGACGCGGCCGCCGCCGUGGCGCUGACGCUCGCCGAGCUGUCCAGCGCCGUGGCCAAGAUGUCGCCCGCCUUCCUCGGCUUCCUCAAGGGCGGCUCGCCCGCCGUCUUUGCGCUGCUGGCCUCGCCGCAGUUCCUCAUCGGGACGGGCAUCGCCGCGGGCCUGACGGUCGUCAUGUUUGGCGGCUGGAAGAUUGUCAAGAAGGUCAAGGAGGCGCAGGCCGCGCGCGAGGCCCUCGCGUACGAGGGCGGUGUUCCAGCAGACCGGCCGGCGCCGAUGCGCACGCAGAGCGAGUUCAGCGCGGGCAUGGACGAGGCGCUGGUGGUGGACGAGGAGCUGAGCACCAUCGAGACGUGGCGCCGGGGCAUCAUGCCGUUUGGCGCCGACGACGAGAGCGCCGACGUGGAGCUCAUCACGCCGGAGGCGGACCGCGCGCACCGCGAAAAGUACGCCAAGGACGACCUCGACUUUGACCUCCGGUCGCGGCGGAGCACGCGCACGCACCGGACGAGCAAGACGCACCGGACGUCCCACAAGGAUGCUGGUGACAAGGAUAAAGACAAGGAAAGGAGCAAGGGCAAAGGCAAGGACAAGGAGCCCGCCAUCCCGGAGCGCAAGAGCAGCAAGGCGGAGAGCGUAACGGGCCGCAGCGAGCGGAGCAGAAAGUCAUCCUCAUCCUCCAAGCCCAAGGAGAGAAAGGCCAUCGAGGACGGGCGCGGCAGGCGGGGCGGCGACGACGAAUUAGACGCCGUGUUCCGGCCCAAGAUGCGGCAGGACAACAUGCUCAAGGCCAUCUUCAAGCGAAAGGAAAAGGACGUCGGCAGCAGGAGCGAGCUCGUCCUCGCCUAG